AUGGUUAAAGGAUCAAGAGAUUACAAAAGGGCCUGUAGAAUGGAUCCAGGAGCAGCUGCGCGAUUUGGUGGUCCAGGGAACAGUAACACUGCCGAAUGGAAGCGCAUGCAGAAUGUCGUCGAAGCUGCAAGUUCAGGCGAGUUUGCCAGACUACUCAAGGCGUGGCAUACACAGACGGAAACGAAUCGACACACCACACACCACACAUGCAUGCGCUCAACGAAAACAGCUAGUAUACGGCGGGCAGCAGAUUUUCGAUCGCAGGAACUAGGAGAGUCAAGAGUCGGUCGCGUUAGCGGGUGUUGUUGUUGUGUGUAUGCUGUUGACUAG